UAUUUUUUCGAAAAAACAAGGAAAGAAGAACUUAAGGACAAUACGUAAACAAUUAAGCCCUGGUUCAGGGUUUUUAUUCGGCGGGAGAACCCAUAGAAGUUUGAGCUAAAUAUUUCUGGGAGAAGAAAAUGGCGUUUGUAAACUCGGAGUUCAAAUUAUUCUUGGGAGGGACUGGGUUUUCCGACAAUUCUUCAUCUGAGCCCCCUUCUCGUCCCGCACCUCCGCCAGUUGAAGUUCUUGCUUCUGAGGUUUCCUCAACUGUGAAAUGCUUGCUGGAGGCUGUGAACUUGGAUGGCCUCACUUUGCUCAAGGCUCGGGUGAGUACAGAAGAGGUUUUGGGAGUUCCUGAUUCUGAUUUGGUCCCUGGUGUAUAUGAAGGGGGACUGAAACUUUGGGAGGGUUCGCUGGACCUUGUCAAAGCCCUUCGGUCCGAGAUUCAUAAGGGCGAAUUAUCACUAAAAGGGAAGAAAGUUCUAGAGAACUAGAAUGUUUUGAAAUUCAGGACCAGAGAAGGGAUUUACCAGUUAGUGACUCUGGUUGGACACUAGAGUUGAGCAGCCAGUAGGUCUCAGAGCCUCAUUUAGUCGAUUGUAAGAGAUGGUUCUGUGAAUGUGAGAAGGGUCCUAUUGUAGAAGCUCGGACCUGCAAAGAACAUGUCUUUCAACAGUGACUAGACUUGCAAAGAAAGGUCUAGCGACUGGCAUGCACGCUGAACGUACACUUUAAUAGCUUGGGUGCGGCCAUGGACUUCCUGGGAUUUUUGCCUGCCUAGAGGGUGCAACAGCUGUCCACUUUCAAGAUUUCAAUGCCGAGGUCCUGCGGUGUCUCACUAUUCCAAAUGUAAAUGCCAAUCUUACACAAACUUCACAAUCUACAGCUUCCAAGGACACCACCCCCAUUUUUGAAACCGAAGUAAGAUACUUUGCUGGUGACUGGAGCCAAGUCCAUCAGUGUCUUCCUCACGAACACAACGAUGUAAAGGACACAGACAGUAACUCAGGGAAGAAUCUAGUUUACGAGUACAAUAUAAUACUAAUGGCUGAGACAAUUUAUGCGAUCUCCGCCCAACAAAGUCUCUACAAACUCAUAAAGAAGUGCAUGAAACGUCCUGGUGGAGUUACAUACAUGGCAGCCAAAAAGCACUAUUUUGGAGUUGGUGGAGGAACCCGCCAGUUUCUGUCUAUGGUGAAGAAAGACGGUGUUAUGGAUGCAAGCCUAGUUGCUGAAGUUGCUGAUGACUCUUCGAAUGUCCGAGAAGUUUGGAAGCUCUCUGUGAAGCGUGGCUUAAAAUCUUAACAUACUUGGCUUCGUAAGUCGUCAGCUGUAUCAUCAUCUGCUGAUGAAUUUGCAGCAAGCGCUUCUAUGCAACUUAAUAUCAUCCAAGAUGGUGGCAUAUGGUGCAUAGAAUUAGACGAGGUAUGGUCUUCCGUUUUGAUGUAUCAAUUUCUUACACUAAGCGGGAACAAUUUUGUUGCAAAAUAGUGGCUUGAACUUGUAUAGUUGUAACUAUUUUCGCCGGAGUUGAGGAUUUUACAUGCCUGGAAUUGACAUGUUUACUGUCCUGCAACAAAUUGGCUGGUUCAUGCCCUUAAUGUUUGGACCAUUGCACUAUUCUCAAGUCUCAUCCCACAUGCCAUUUAUUAUUUACUCUCAAGUCCCAAUCCAUCCACCUACCUUAGUACUAAACA